UAUGAUGCGAGUGUUAUUUGUUCAGGGGAUUUCCCCUGCUCUGCGCUUUGGUCUCAUUCCUAAUACCAAUACAUUCGUUCAGUAUGUCCUCUUUUCUCGAAAUCCUUGCUCGGAUUAGUAUGUCCUACAUCCCAAGCCUUCCCAAAUCCUGGAGAGCAUGCUUUCCAUAUCAGCUCUCGAGGCUACAUACAGUCAUUUCAAAAUACUGGGAUCCCGUUCACAUGACGAAAGUAUAUCGUCCAACAAAUGAGCCAGUACGAGACAUUAUCGAAGCCGAGAAGAGAUAUGGGAUCUCUUUCUUCAAUGGCUACUAGGGCUACAGUAUCAUAGGUGGUCAGCUUUUUGGUUUUUGCAGCUCGCCUCCAACGUUCCUCGAAAAAGAUUCAUCUCAUAUCUUGCCCACAGGUUAUUUAUGCGCAUACUCUUGCCCCAGUUGAUCGGCAGUUGCUACAAAUUAAACUAGAUGCUAUGAAGGACUGUAUAACAAAAUGCCAAUGGGACGAGCUCAAGCUUCUCAACGUUAUUAGGGACAGGUGGCUUCUUGUUUCUCCAGUAGAAGAGGGAACUGAAUUUUCGUAUUUUCUACAUUUUUUUUUUUAUUUUAUUUUUGAAAAUAUGUGUGUAUUAGGGUGCUAGGAGAGACAAAUAAAUACAAGCCUACAUCUAAAAUUUG